AUGAGUCGACAGGGUCCUGAGUACCGCAGCGUUCCAGGCUCGCAGCAAAAGCCACAACCACAAUCGCGAGCCUUGCCGCCAUACAAGCAGGUCUCGUACUCUCCUGCGAAUGCUUCUCGGUCAGGACCUCCCGGCAUCACCUCUGACCAAUCGCACAACAUGUCUGGCUCCUUCUCCAGUGGCGAGAGCGGCUCGUCUCAGCAGCGCCGACUCCUGCCUGGUACCAACUACCAGCCGCGCACCAAUCAGAAGAGCAUGAGACCUACGGUGACCGGCACACCCGCCAAUACCUACGCUUCUGUUUCGUCCCACUCGACAGCGGGAUUCAAGACUGCCACUGGAGCGCCUAACCAGAUGCUCUUCAAUGGGCCGGAGGACGAUGAUGACUUGCACGAUUGGAAGAAGGAGGCUCACUCGCAUGCCAUGUCGUGGCGAGGGAUCGCCAAUGUCUUCACGCUUAUGGUUCUGGUUGUGGGCCUCGUCGCACUGUUUGCUGGCUAUCCGAUCAUCUCGCAUUACGAAAAGAACCGCAACCAGGUCAGCAAGAGUGGUUACAACCUGGGUGGCACCAACGGCUCAGGCCAGGUGCCGGAUCUGCCUCUGUUCAGCCUGAUCGACAGCGACACGCCCCAGACCGCUCUCAAGCGUACCUCGCCCGCUGACGGCAACUCGUACCAUCUCGUGUUUUCCGACGAGUUUGAGAAGGAGGGCCGUACCUUUUGGCCGGGCGAUGAUCCGUUCUGGGAGGCCACCAAUCUAUACUAUGGCGUUACUGGCGACUACGAGUAUUACUCGCCUGAUGCGGUCAACACGACGGGUGGUGCGCUCACCCUUACUAUGACGCAGAAGACGACGCAUAAUCUCAACUUCCAGUCGGGCAUGCUGCAGUCGUGGAACAAGUUUUGCUUCCAGGGUGGGUACAUCGAAUUUUCGAUGCGCAUGCCCGGAGGACCGUCUACUUCUGGCUACUGGCCCGGUCUGUGGUUGAUGGGUAAUCUGGGGCGUCCUGGUUAUCCUGGUUCGACGGAUGGCAUGUGGCCGUAUUCGUAUGCUUCGUGCGAUGCGGGCAUCUUGCGCAACCAGACGUGGGUCAAUGGUACGGGUCCCGCGGGCGCCAUCCACUCGACGGGUACGUAUUCGGUCAAUGGUCAGGUCUCGUUCCUUUCGGGCAUGCGAUCGCCGUCUUGCACGUGUCCGGGCGAAGACCAUCCCGGUCCCAAUGUCAAUGUUGCUCGUUCGUCGCCCGAGCUGGAUAUCCUUGAAGCGCAGAUCCAGACGCACCAGGGGGUGUCGCAUGGCUUUGCUUCACAGUCCUACCAGGUGGCGCCGUUCGACACGAGCUACGAGUGGAACAACGCCUCGUCGGCGGCUACGAUUUACGACGACACGAUCACCACGAUCAACUCGUACAAGGGUAAUGUGUAUCAAGAGGCGGUUUCGGCGCUGAGCCAGAUUCCGGACACGGGCUAUGUGGACACGAGCAAUCAGUAUGUGACAUAUGGUGUCGAGUACCAUCCGGAUUGGAAUGAGAACGGUGGGGGGUCGAUUACUUGGUAUAUUGCGGGGAAGCCGACGUGGUCGAUCAAUGGGCAGGCUAUGCAGGCGAAUGCGCCGAUGGAUAUUGGGCUGCGCACUGUUUCGGUGGAGCCCAUGUCGAUUAUUAUGAACUUGGGCAUGUCGCCGACUUUCCAGCAUAUCAACUUUGGGGCCGGGGGUGUUGAGUUCCCGGCUACCAUGUCGGUGGACUAUGUGCGCGUUUACCAGUUGGAUGGGCAGACGGAUCGGAUUUCGUGUGAUCCGCCUGAUCACCCGACUGCGCAGUACAUUGCGGACCAUAUGGAUCUCUACACCAACUACAACUUGACGGUAUUUAAUCGCAAGUGGCCUAAGAAUAGGUUGACUGGUUGUUGA